UGUCUGUCUGUGAGAUUAAGAGGUCUGUGGGGGAGGAAGAGGAGCAGCAGCGCUACACUGCGCAGGCGCACAGCAGCCAACCGGCAUUCUGCUCACGCGCGGGGCGACCCGGCUUCUUUCCGCCCUCGCACAUUCACUCAAGGACAGUGUGUGCGCGCGCGCGCGCGUGUGUGUGAGUGUGAGUGUGUGUGAGUGAGCGCGCGCUUAUACGGCUUUUCAGCUCCUGAGACUGUAGCGCUUCUUAAAUAGAAGACAGACAGCCGGGGAUUCCGUGACACCGACGCCGCCGAACUGAUGCGGGAUGGAAACAUCAUCAUCUUCCUCCUGAUGGAUCUGUUCAGGGUGUCUAUGCGGAGUCUAAGAGCUGCAGUUUGACAGCAGAAUCAGCGUGCCAUCGCAUCCGAUCCGACAGCGCGCUCACGGGACUGCUACCCUACUGAGGAAAGAGAAACGAUGAAUUAUGCACAGCAGAUCAUGAAUAAAACACGGUCUGGUUGUGCGUCUGGCCUCAGCACGUUCAGCACGAGGCCAUGAGGAUCAUCAUCAUCACCAUGCAAAAUAUUCUCAGCAUCGGCUUUCUCGCUGCUCGUUUCCACACACUGACAUGUGAGUAAAAAGCUCCCGAGCAAGGCAGAGUCAGCGCAACACUCACUGAUAAGGUCUUGUCUGCUCUGAAGAGAUAAAACAUUAACCUCGUUGUUCAUGGAUUAUGACGACUUGCUGCUGUAGUUCUAAAAAAAAGAACAAAAAAGGAAAGCACUUAAAGAGGCAGAUUUCCUCAGAUGUUGUGAGGAUUAUGGACACUCAGGGAUUUUCAGCAGGUAUCCUGCACACUGCAAUGGAUUUCUAACUGUGCUGCAUGACUGAGUGACAUUUUUACAAUGAAUUAUUUACAUGGCCAAGUGUUUCAUUGAGUUUUUACAAAUUCUGAAUUGAUUCCGUGCUUCUCCUGCUUAGUUUUUAUUGAUGGAUAUUUGGAUUCAGUUCUGUAGAACAGAUUUACAUGAUGAACAAGAACCAGACGAGCAAUGGAUUGCUUUAUUGAGCCAGUCAACUAGUUAGUCCCAAAUCCGACAUUCAGCCAUGUGGUCGCUACCUCUUCUUCGUCACACCGACGUCCCUCCAAGAGUGACAGAGAACUUCAUUUUGUCAGGUUACCGCUUCCCUGACUACAGCCUCAUACAGUGCCUGGUCUCUGCAUUCCGGCCUACUAACGAGACCGGAAACUUCUGGACUCAUUUCCUCCCGAUAUUCAUCUUUGCCUUUAACUUUAUAGAAAUAUUCGAGUGGGAAGGAGCCCCAACCCCUGGGGAGCCCUUCUUUUACCCAGCCUGGAACUAUUUCUUCGGGGUUUUCUAUCUGCUGCUGGCCAGCAGUAUGGCUCAUCUCCUCAACUCCAUGUCAUUGAUUGUCAGAGAGAUCUGCUUCUUUGUGGAUUAUGGGACCAUCAGUGCUUAUACAGUUGGUUCAUCUUUGGCUUACUAUUACUACAUUCACCCACAGGCUGGGAUACCAAAGGUCGGGCUUGGGAAACAGAAUAUUUCAGAGACACAGUCGGAAAAGGAAGUCGAGCCUUCCUCAGCUCCAUCUCAUAACUCUUCUUUCUCCUUCCUGCCUUUUCACUUAUUUUUUGAUAACCUGUACAUCCCUUGCUCCUUCCUGGUGGCCAUUAUCUGUGUGUUAACCUGUUGCAACACCAGGCAGCAGUGGAGGAAGUAUCGCUAUGCUGUACGCACUCUUGUUUUCCUUCUGCCCUUCUUCGUAUCAUCCACACCGAUUUUCUACCGGCUCUUCAGUCCAUCACCAUAUCCGGCUUCUUCUUUUUACCCAUCAGCUACAAUGGCCACCUUUUUCUAUCGCCACUGCUUCUGGCUGGUGGUGUCUGCAGCCUUUAACAUUAGCAAGAUCCCAGAACGUUUUUCUCCUGGAAAGUUUGACAUCUGGGGGCACAGUCACCAGUGGUUCCACUGCUGCACCUUCCUCUCCAUCCUUGAUGAGCUCCAUAUGAUCAAGGUAGAGAUCCGAGCCCUGCUGCUUCACCCAUCCAUGGUCAUAGCACCCUCCACAGAUCCUCAGCUCCCUGGCCCGACUAUUUACUCCACCUUUGGGCUGAUGUUGGUGCUACAGGGGUGUAUCGCUUCUAUUAUUGUAUGGUUUGGGUGGUGUGCAUACCAGAUUUAUAGUCCUGUGCAGAAAGGCCUGAAGGAACACUGAACAGAGUCAAGCCAGAGACUUGAAUAUAUUUGGGGCAACAGAAUUGUUGGUGAUUUUGUUGUUUGACUGUAGCUAUUAUUUAAUCUCACAGGACCAGAUUAAUAACUUAAAUCAACUAAUAUCAAUUUGGGUCGCUAUAGUUGAGACUACUAGGGAUAAUUUAAAAUUGAUUUAGGGAUGGCCUGGUUAUUUUUGUCUCUUUAAGGUUACCAUGUUGGUACUGACAGAGCAUUCAGGAAUCAGCAGAUAAUUUAAUCCUUUGGGGAUCCAUUAGCACAAACAAGCACGUAAGGCUUUCCGAGUCUCCUAGGGGUACUAGCUGACGCUGUUUGCUGGUAUCUCUUACACAAACACGCACACAUACCCACUUCCUCCCCUUUUUAAACAGGAAGUAAAGGAGCCGACUAGCUUCAACCACAGUCUUUUAGCAUAGAGGAAAUGAGACGGCUUUACUGUUGGUGAAGAAUGUACAGCACUUGACCAGUGCACAUUUUUAACCCCAUGUUUUAAAAGCAACUUCACCAUAACUGCCCUCUCUGCUCUGAAACUGAAAGCCGAAUAAUGCUAAAAGGUAAUGUUUGAAAAACAACAACAAAAAAACGAAUGUUUUAAUAAAUUGUUAUCCAAACUUAUAUACUACUGGUCGAGAAUCAAGACCAAAUGUCUGCUUAUAUAAUACUGUAACCUAUGCAUGACUCUUAAUUGAACAUUUUGGUGCAUCUAGGAGAAGAAGGGAUGUGAUAUCGGUUUAUAAGUUCAAUGUCACAUUAAGAAGCAGAAGCCAUAACAUUGUUUCUUAGACAUAUCAACAUGAUUUUUAGCAGGGUUUCCCACUGGUCAGCUGAAUUUGCACAUAAUCAACCAGAAGCUUUCGGGAAAGUGGUGCAUUUAAGGGCAUUUCAGUCAUUAUAAGUGGUUUUUUUUUUUUUUUUACUUAAUUAUAAAUCAAUUUUUACUGGAACCCUGCUCCUUUGUAUACAACAAUCCCCAUGGUUUUACCUGUGCCCUUCUUUUCAUCACUUACCUCUACGCAGCUGGCUCUGAAUAUUACUUGAACCAAAAAAAGUGUAAGUGUAAAAUAGUGCAAAAAAAGAUCUCUUAGCAAGUGGAAAUAUCUUGAAUCUCGUCCAUUUUAUCUUAAGAUUCUUAUUAUAAGUUUACAGUAAAUUAAAUCUAAGAGGAUGGAGCCCAUUUCUAGACAUAUUUUUACUAUUUUCAAGCAUAACUUGUACUAUUGGCAAAAAAAUUAUUUCUAGAAAUGAAUGCUUAAAAUGAGCAGACUGGUCUGCUAAUAAAACAACGUUUAUUUUUUGUAUGUCCAGAAAUACAAUUGCAUUCGGUUUAUUGUAAUGAUAAGUCAAGAAAUUAUAGAUAAAUGUGACUAUGGAUUCAAGAUAUGUCUUGUCUUGUUUUUUGCAGUGAAGAUAUACUACUGUGACAACCAAGUGCUUAGAUGUUAGUGCUGGACUUGUUUCGGCCUGCGUACAGUAAUAGUUCCAGGGCAAGGGCACACAUCUAAGAUCAGAUUCCUUUCUUACAUGUUUCUCUGUGUCAGUAUGUGUAUUUAGGGGGAAAAAGACUCCCAAACUGAAAUGCUUCCUUUCUGCAUAUAAUCUCUCCCUAACUGGUACACAGUUACUGCGUGUUACUCAGCAUUCUGUUCUAAACCUGUCAUUAUCAUUAUUAUAAUGUAAUCUAAUGCAAUGUUAUGUCUGGCUAGAACAUUAGUGAUAGCUUUAUGAUAGACUGUAGAGUGAAACCUACAGUAACAGUAACAGUUACCUUGAGUAGAUUUGCACAGCUGAAAAGACUCAUUUAAAAAAGUUAGAGAAAUGUCUGUAACUUUUAAUUAUGAAUGUGCCUGCUAUGUUUGUUUCAUUAAUUUAUGACUGACAUAGCCAGUGGUGAGUGAGUGUUGUGCAAUGGACUAUUUGGUCUCUAAUGUCUUUGCUUAUUCAAAAAAAAAAAAAAAAAGGAGUAUAGUACAUGUAUUCGAUAUUAGUGCACUCAAAAAGGGAUUCUGGCUUUGUGUAGCUUUUUAAUAUUGAUAUAAUGUCUAUUUUGCUAAAACAAAUUUUAGUUUAUAUUGUAAGAAAUACUAUUUAAUUAGCUCAACCUGAACAUACCAUUAUUUUUUUGUGUUUAACUUUCAUAUUUUACUUGAGUAGAAAUUCUGCCUUUAAUUUAAAUAUGUACUUUUUUUCAGUGUAAUUUAAACUCACCAGAUCGGAUUUUCUGUCUGUAUUGUGUAAGGAAAAGAUCAGAACAGGGUGUGCUAUUAGAGGAAAAUAAUCAACACCGGGGUGGUGUUAUGCAGAGUUGUGUUAUCCACCCCAAAGCUGAAUAAUAUUUUCUAAUAAAGCAUAUUCCAAAGUGUUUUAUACCUCUUAUACCACAGCGGUUGACCAUUGAUAAUAAUAAAUAAAAAAUAAAUGAAUGACAUUUUAUAACUUUAUAGUUACAACAUCUGCAAGUCGAGUUAGUUCUCAUCACGUGUUAUAGUAUGUUAAAGUUACUGCCAUACAAAUAUGUGUGAAAGAGUUUUUACAGAAAUGAUCAUGUCUGAGAAAUAAACAAAUUAUGCCUUUUAUAGUUAGCACUACUGUCAGAGAUAAUUAAUUGCUGUGGUAUAAGCGACAUUUCAUAAUGGUUUGUCCUAUUUUAGUAAACGUUUCAUAUCCUCCGAGUUCAGGUUAUACCAUACUUCAUAAACCAAACAUUAUUUAUAGUACAUUUAUAACCUGAGUAUGUCUGUACUAUGAGGAAUAAUAUGAUAAACACAAAUCUGUUAUGUUCGAAAAAUGAUGUUGUAGCAUAAGCUUUGUACAUUUGCUCCAUUCUGCUGACUCUUCAAGCAUAUCCUUCUGCUUAGAAAGACUGCUGUCCGUUCCCACAAUGAUACUGCUAGUUAACAAAUGUAACACAUUGUGUAAAACAUGAUUUAGUAUCCAGUGAGUGUGUGCGCAAUCACCUUCAACCAAUGUUGAAGUAAAAUUUGACCUCAAUCUGCAACGGUUGAAACAUGACAGUAAGACCUCAUUUUUACUGUACGCGUGUGAAAAUAAUGCAUCUGAGACAAAAUAGCAUUAGUGUUAUAUGUCUGUAGAAAUUUCAUGCUAAUGUAAUCAUUACAGGCAUACAUAAUACUCUGUAGGAAACUUAGUGUGCGUUAGACAAUUGUAGUAUAUUUAUAAUAGUCAUUUAUAAAGGUGUCUGUUGUAAAGUGAUUCGACCUGACAGAUGCAGUUACAGAACACUAGACUUGAUUAGUUCUAGUUCUCAGGGUUAAACAUCAUGCAGGCUUGUGAUCUGGACAUUCCCGGACAAGCUAUGCUACGCAUAUGACUGGUUUUGAUUCAGUCUUAUUUAUGAUUGAAAUAUGUAGAUCUUUCUAGUUCUAUCCUAAUAACUGAGAUAUAAUUAUUCUAUUGAUACUAUUAUAACUACUAUUAUACUAUAGAAUGAGAGUUAAUAUAAUUGUAUCAAUACAUUGUAAUUCCUUUUCAAUGUAAUAAA